AAAAGAGAAGCUAACGACAACGGCAAAGGGAGUCAUUCAAGGGUUAUAUUCCGUCGUGGGGGGGAGAGGGGGAGGACACGCUCACUGCCAACCCGGCGACGAGGUCGGGCCUGUGGUGCUUGCUACCCCAUGAAACCAUGGAACUCGAGAAUAUCGUGGCCAACACUGUCCUCAUCAAGGCGAGGGAAGGAGGAGGUGGGAAUAGGAAGGGGAAGAGUAAGAAAUGGAAACAAAUGCUCCAGUUCCCCCACAUCAGCCUGUGUGAGGAGCUUCGGCAGACUACAGAAAAAGACUACCACAGCCUGUGUGAGAAGCAGCCCAUUGGCCGCCUGCUCUUCCGGCAGUUCUGCGACACUCGGCCAGAGCUGAGGAGAUGUAUCAAGUUCCUGGACGCCGUGGCGGACUAUGAGGUGACCCCUGACGAGAAGAGAAAGGAGUGUGGACAGGAGAUUCUGGAAAAGUACCUCAACCCCACGAUGUAUGAGGACCUCAAACCUGAGAAUAUUCUGUUGGAUGACCAUGGGCAUAUCCGGAUAUCAGACCUGGGUCUGGCUGUACAUAUCCCAGAGGGCCAGACCAUUAAAGGCAGAGUGGGAACGGUGGGCUACAUGGCCCCUGAGGUGGUGAAGAACGAGCGCUACACGCUGAGCCCUGACUGGUGGGCUCUGGGCUGCCUGCUGUACGAGAUGAUCGAGGGCCAGUCGCCCUUCCAGCAGCGCAAGAAGAAGAUCAAGCGCGAGGAGGUGGAGCGCCUGGUCAGGGAGGUGGAGGAGGAGUACUCCAGCAAGUUCUCCGACGACGCCAAGGACCUCUGCAGACUGUUGCUAGCCAAAGACCCCAACGAGAGGCUUGGCUGUUUAGGAGGCGGAGCCUCAGAGGUGAAAAGUCAUGUGAUCUUCCGCUCCAUCAACUUCAAGCGGCUGGAGGCGGGCAUGCAGGAGGCCCCAUUCAUCCCCGACCCUCAGGCCAUCUACUGUAAGGACGUGUUGGACAUCGAGCAGUUCUCCACAGUGAAAGGUGUCGAGCUGGAGCCCAAAGACGAGUCCUUCUACAGCAAAGUGUCCACGGGCAGUGUGUCCAUCCCCUGGCAGAAUGAGAUGAUCGAGUCGGAGUGCUUUCAAGAGCUCAACGUCCUCAACCCAGACGGAAGCAUCCCCCCUGACCUGGACUGGAGAGGACAGCCCUCACCCCCACCCAAACAGGGCCUGCUACAGAGGCUCUUCGGGAGACAGGAGUGCUGUGGGAACUGCAGCGACAGUGAUGAGGAACCCACCAGGCUGUGAGAGUCAGGUGCCCACCGAGAUGCCCAUCCCUGCUCCCUCGCCGAGAUGCCCACCCCAAGAUGCCCACCCCUGCCCCUUCUGUGCCCCCUCGCCGAGAUGCCCACCCCUGCCCCUCCGCACCCCCUGGCCAACCCUCCCAAAGCUGCCCCCCCCCCGAAAUCCUGCCUACUGCCCCCAACCCUCCCCACCCCGGAGUGGCCCAACACAGAGGAUUCCAUUUGUUUACAAUAUUUGCACAUUUGUAUUUUUAAAAAGCAAGACAAAAAAACCACACCUCUAUAUAAAUAUUGGAAUGUAUAUUUUCACUAUAGCCAAGCUGUCCAUGUGCUUGCCAUCCAAGGCAUAGCAAAAGGUGAAGAGGUCUACCAGGUGGGACAGGUGUGCUAUGCGCCGUCCUCACCUACAGUACACCCCCCCCCCCCCCCCCCCGUCGCCCUGUUCCACGUCAUCGGUCCACAUCCCCAGCUUGCGUCCGCAUUGGAGUCCUGUCCGAGGUGUCCCACUGUUACCUACUGAAACAUAUUGCACAUAAUAUUUAUAUUAUAUAAUAUGAUAUAACAUAUUGCACAUAAUAUUUAUAUUAUAUAAUAUGAUAUAACAUAUUGCACAUGAUAUUUAUAUUAUAUAAUAUGAUAUAACGCAGAUGGGAUAAGUGUCUGUUCUGAAAUAUUUUUAUAUUUAUAUUUCUCUUUUUAUAUAUGUGUAUAUAUAUAAACAUACAUAUAUGUUAGUUCAGACAAUCAAAAUGAUCCCAUGUGUGUAGUCAUGACAUAAAACGUGCAUGAUGCCGAUGUAAACAAAGACUUAGAGGCCAUGUUGCUUAAAACUACUUUAGAAGGUUCAUUCUGGUACUACUUUAGAAGGUUCAUUCUGGUACUACUUUAGAGGGUUCCUUUCGAGCAUUUACUGCAUAACUGCGGCGCAGAAGUGUGUGUGUGUGUGUGUGUGUGUGUGCGUGCUAGGACCAUGCUGAGAUCUAUUAGGAAAACCAAACAGAUGUGAUGUAGGUGCAGAAGUGCGCGUGUGUGUGUGUGUGUGUGUGUUGUCACCUGGACUGCUCCAUAGACCUCAGCUGGGAGGCUCUGAGUGGGUCUUCCUCCCCAUCUCUCCUUCUCUCUCUCUCCAUCCUUCCUUCUCUCUCUCUCUCUCUGCUUCUCUUUAUUUCUCUUCUCACAUGUGGACCUUGUAACUGCUGGGUCUUCCUGCAUAUCUCACUUUGUCUCUCUCACUCUUUAUCUCUCUCUCUCUCUCUCUCUCCGCCUCUUUCUCUCCUCACAUUCAGACCCUGUUACUGCUGGGUCUUUAUUUGCCUCCCUCUCAUCCCUCUCUUCAUCCCUCUCUCUCUUCAUCCCUCUAUCUCUAUCCAUCUCUCUCUCUCCCGCCUCACCCAGUGUCCUAGCCCCUAGUCAUUUGGCUCUCUCUCAUCCCUCUAUCUCUCUGUAUCUCUCCAUCUCUCUCUCUCUCUCUCUCCUGCCUCACCCAGUGUCCUAGCCCCUAGUCAUAUGCCUCAUUUGCCAAAAAGUACCUUUAAAAGAGUUCUCAUCAGGAACUACAGGACUUGCACUGCAGACCAAACCAGUUCUCUUUUCUUUUCUUUUUUUUAUACUUUUUUCUUUUUUUUCUUCCAACUUUUUUCCUCUUCACAAACGGAGUCUGUGUGCAUGUCUGAUAAAGUUGCCUUUGGCCUGGUGAGGUACUCAUAACAUAACAUGGUGUUAGUAUUGUUUAACGUGGCGAUCUACAGAGGAUAGACUUUAAGCUGAUCCUGCUUGCCUCCGAAUCCAGAUUGGAUCGGGGCCGGAUGGGGUGCAGAUGUGGGCCAGAACUGCCCGGUUCUGGAGCCCUGCGUUCCAGCAUCUGCCCCCCACCGGACUGGUAAUCUUGCAGCAGCAGUUGAACAGACCUGCCCCCAGUACAAUACGUACAUCGUGCUUAUAUGGAGCAGACCUGCCCCCAGUACAAUACGUACAUUGUGCGUUUACGGAACUCACCGUACAAUACGUACAUCGUGCUUAUGAUGUGGAACAGACCGAACCCCAUAAAAUACGUACAUCGUGCUUAUAUGGAACAGUGCCGACCCCAGUACAAUACGUACAUCGUGCUUAUAUGGAACAGACCUGCCCCCAGUACGAUACGAACAGAGCAUGUGGAAAAGAAAGAUUCUGUUCUAUGCCGAACACGCCUGGCCCUGGUACAAUACUUGUGGCACACGUGUCCAAGAACGAUUCCAUGUAAUUCUAUUCUGCGCUGACCUGCCCUGCCCCCGGUACGAAGCGCAUUUAGUCCCACAUCAGCAACUUCCCCUGUGUUUGCGCCCCCUGCUGGAUAACCCUGCUCAUUACCUGCUGAUGAACUUACUUUCCUCAGACUAAACGGAGUGUGAGUGUGUGUGUAGGGGUGAUUUGUGGUCACUUUUGGGGUGCCGUGGAAAGAAGGGGGGGGGGGGGGGUCACCCUGUAGAGGGCUCUCGGAUGCUGCAGACCUCUGCGUUUAUUCCCCAUCGGCCGCCUCGUCCACCUGUGCCCCAACGUCCCGACGUCGCCAUGUCCCCAGCGUCCUCAGUGUCCCCCCACUCCGCUUCUGUCCACCACAGCUCAAGUACAUUCCAGUCUACUGUACUGUACAGUGUAAAAAAGACACUUCUGAUUUUGUUUGUUUGUUUGUUUGUUUAGCAAUAAUGUAUCUAUGUGUAAACAAAAAAAAGAAAACAAGACACCACGGUACCUACAGUA